AUGAAGCUGCAAGUCUAUAUCAGAUAUCUCAUUUGUAUCUUGUUGGUGAAUUUUGGAAGAAUUGAUUGCAAUGGAUGCGUCAUCGAUGCUACUGUUGAUAAUCAGAUUAAAAUAAGGCAUGAACGCGGUGUUUUCGAUCUUCUUUUGGGAAGAUUCCGAACCUGUGGUGGUUGCUUAUGCGGUCGACCAAAUCGUAAGGUAGCGCGGUUAUUGGGUGGUGAAUAUACAGAAUCGCAUGAAUUUCCUUGGCUCGCAAAUAUUCACAUAAAGUCCAAAUUACUAGUGAGUGGGAUAUUGAUAAAUGAUCGUUAUAUCUUAACAGCAGCUAGUCAACUUAUCGGAGCAACAGCACAUGAAAUAAAAGUAUCCUUGGGAGAAUAUGAUCGAUGUAACUUAGAUAUCUCAUCAGUAAACAUUAGCAUCGAAUUUAUAAUUUUGCAUCCAGAAUUCAAUCUAGAAUCGAAUACUCAUGAUCUAGCUUUAAUUCGUUUAAGUCGCCCAACUAAAUUCGAGAAGAGAAUAUCACCAAUAUGUUUACCUAAUCCAGGAUCAACUUAUCUUGGUCAAGUUGGAACUUUGGUAGGAUGGAUCAAGCUCAAAGAUCAGACUGAUAAUGCGGCAUGUAGGCCUCGAAAAUUAGGACUUCCUAUUCUAGGACAAAAAGAGUGUAUUAAAUCAGGAAUAAAUGCAAUGAACUUACACGAUGAUUACGGAUGCAUUGGAAUUGUGGGUACAAAUUCUUUGGUGUGCGAAAAUGACGUCGGAUCUUCUGUGCAAUAUCGAUCAUAUGCCGGAAUUUAUGAUCUUAUCGGAAUUAUUCCGAGCGUGAAUAAAUGCGACGAUUCUCCUAAGCCAACUGUUUUUACGAGAGUAGGACCGAGUCUUGAUUGGAUAUUACAACACACUAAAGAUGCCUGCUACUUCAUGAAGCCCCACUUGAGUCUGACGAUUAUAAUUGGCAUUCUUCUAAUCUUAGACGCAGCACAUGCGCAAAAUCAUCGCUUACAUUUACGAGUAAAUCGAGAUUGCGAAUGUGGACUGACAGAAGGGAUAUCGAAUCGUAUUAUCGGCGGAAAAGUUUCGAUUCCACAUAUAUUUCCUUGGGUUGUGGCAAUACUUAACAGAAACAAUUUCCAUUGUGGAGGCACAUUAAUUAAUAAUCAAUAUAUAUUAACAGCUGGACAUUGUGUUCAAUGGACGAAUCAUGCCGAUCUCUCGGUCGGCGUAGGUAUGCACGAUAUUAAAAACCUAAAUGAUGGAUACAUAGUCGCAAUCGAUGAAAUAAUUUUACAUGAAGAUUUCAAGAGUGAUUAUCUCCAUGACACAAACGACAUUGCCUUGAUUCGAUUGCAGCAACCGAUUAAAAUCGAUGAAAACGUGAGACCUGUAUGUCUCCCACUUAAAGAUUCUGAUUAUACGGGACAGUAUGUCAAAAUUACCGGAUGGGGACGUGUUCAAGUAGAAGGAAAAGCUUCCCGAUUUCUUCGUCAGGCUACUUUGAAAGUAAUGUCCUUCGCAGCAUGUAAAAAUACUUCAUUUGGAGAUCAUAUCACGGAAUCGAUGAUAUGUGCUUACAAUGACAAUACUGAUGCAUGUCAGGGUGAUAGUGGUGGACCUCUUUUAUAUCAAAGAAUAAAUGGGAAAUAUGAAAUAAUUGGUAUAGUCUCUUGGGGUAUUGGAUGCGCUGAUCCUGGAAUCCCAGGUGUAUACGUUAAAAACUCGGAUUAUCUAAACUGGAUAAAAUACCAUAGUAAAGAUGGUAUUUUCUGCGUAGAUAGAUAG